GGCACUGACAUUCAUGUUCUAAUUUUGAUGAUAAUAUAGAAAUUGUAAAAAAUAUGAUGAUAUCCUGUAAUUAAAGUAUUGAGUGAUGUUUUUUUGAUAUUUGUUGCAUAAAGUCGAUGAGAUUCUAUUUAUUUAACUGUAGUGUUAAAGUUCACGCUUAAAAUAAACCAGAUAAAGCAAAAAUUAACAAAUGGCUACGGCUCUAGAGAAAAUUGAAAAAAUAGAGAAUAUUCGUGAUGAUGGGGCUUCCACGAGACUUUCCGAUGUGACAGCAACCCCCAGGGAGUCGGAAUCAACGAUGGAAAAUGCCAAAAGUGUAGCCGACAAGAGCGCUGUUAGUGAAUCGGCAUUGGAAGGCACGCGUGGUAGUACCGUAAACAGCUCCAUUUCUAGAGGUACUAAAUCCGCUGAUAAGGAGAAGAAAAUUGGCCAUCGGCGUGUUGGAGAAGAUGGAGAGAUUACCUAUAAAAAGAUCCAAACGAGUACCAUUAUGGGCUCAAUUCAAUUAGGUAUUCAACAUACGGUCGGAAGUUUGGCUUCAAAACCCAAACGUGAUUUACUGAUGAUGGACUUUUGGGAAAUGGAGACAAUUUCAUUUCCACCGGAAGGAUCCAGCAUGACACCGGCACAUCAUUAUAGUGAAUUCAGAUUUAAGAUAUAUGCUCCGAUUGCAUUUCGAUAUUUUCGUGAUUUGUUCGGAAUUCAGCCUGAUGAUUUUAUGAUGUCGAUGUGUUCAUCCCCAUUGAGGGAACUUUCCAAUCCUGGUGCGUCUGGAUCCAUCUUUUAUCUAACUGAUGAUGAUGAGUUUAUCAUCAAAACUGUCCAACAUAAAGAAGGAGAGUUCUUGCAGAAACUUUUGCCGGGUUAUUAUAUGAAUCUUAAUCAAAAUCCCCGAACACUUUUGCCAAAGUUCUUCGGUUUGUAUUGUUACCAAUGCAAUAGUAAAAAUGUCCGUCUCAUAGCAAUGAACAACUUGUUGCCAUCGUUUAUUAAAAUGCAUUUAAAGUAUGACUUAAAAGGCUCUACAUAUAAACGAAAGGCUAACAAGUCGGAAAGACAAAAGAAGUCGCCGACUUAUAAGGAUUUAGAUUUCAUGGAACAUCAUCCAAAUGGAAUAAGUUUAGAAGCAGAUACGUAUUCAGCACUAAUUAAGACAAUACAAAGAGAUUGUCGUGUGCUUGAGUCAUUCAAAAUCAUGGACUAUUCUUUACUUGUUGGAAUUCACAACAUGGACUUGGCUCAAAAAGAGAAGCAAGAAGAGAAAUCAAGAAAUCCAAGAAGCGAUUCGAAUCGUGAUGAUUCGGAUAUGGAAGAUGCUCCUGAAGCUGAUCAAGCAAUGCAUGAAGAGAGAACUGGUGGUCUUGCACUUAAUCGUACGAGUGCUCUUCACAGAUCUAUAAAUCGUCAACGGUUAGUUGCUCAUUCCACUGCUAUGGAAAGUAUCCAAGCAGAGAGUGAACCAAUUGAUGAAGAGGAAGAUGUUCCUCCUGGUGGCAUUCCAGCACGUAACGACAAGGGCGAACGUUUGCUCCUUUUCAUUGGUAUUAUCGAUAUUUUACAAUCUUAUCGAUUGAAAAAGAAAUUGGAGCAUACUUUUAAGAGUAUCAUUCAUGAUGGUGAUACUGUGUCCGUUCAUCGUCCUUCAUUUUAUGCUCAACGCUUUCAAGAUUUCAUGGCAAAGACUGUUUUCAGGAAAAUUCCAUCGCUGGAUCUUCCUGAAAUCAAAGGGCAACAUCGUAAAUUUCGUACUUUGGUGACUAGCUACAUAGCUCUCAAGCAUUCACCAUCGAAAAGAAAAAGUUUAUCGAGGGUUGCUCACCAGAGAUCAACAGAAUCAGAAGCUGAUAGUCAUGCAGCAAGCAGCUCGCACUAUCACCAUCAUCAGCCUCACAGCAGCUCUUCAAAGACAGGAUCUGGAUCGGUCAACAUGCAGUUGAUAAGGGCAAUCAAUAAGAGUAACAAGAGCAAUAAUAACAAUAAUCAGAUGUCAUCCGUAAAUACUAACAAGGUUGUAAUUAUUGCACCAAAUGCUUCACAAUCAUCGAUGAAUCCAACAAAUCAUUCGGGCAAUAACAUCAGUAACUUGGGAUCAACACAAGCUCCAGUCAGUCCAAGUAUUGCAAUUCCAGCACUCAAGAAACGAACUUCAAUUGUAAAACAAUCAGUGCCGCCCCCAGUACCACCUCGUGGAUCACCGCGCUCUAAAAGUAAUUUAAUUGGUCAAUCAUGUGGUCGAAAAAAACAAUUAAAAUCUAAAGAAACAACAAUCAAUGUUGAACGAUUAAAAAGUUUGUCAUGUCUCGAACAAAGUGGUUGUCAGAAAGUCAAAAAAUGGCUUGAAAGUGUUGAAGUUCCAUCCACAAGCAGUGAAAUUACUGAGAUUUCAAUUUCUGAUAAUAUCGAAUUUAGAAGCGUGAAGAAAUUGGCUGAAAAGUUUGCAACGCUUGACCAUAAAAAAAUUAAAAAAUCGCCAAGUUUCAGACGAAGAGUGUUCGAUUCGAGUUUAGUUAGAUCUCGAAUUGAAAACUAUAAUUCACUCGACAGCAGCAAAUUAAAUAGUGCAGCAUUUAAAUCGUCUGAUGCUGGCACUGCUACAGAUUCAGGAAUUGAUAUUCCAGCUCGUCCAUUCACUCAACAUAGACAAGCAUUAAAUACGAUGAAUCGAUUCAGUCGUGACGGCUCCGCACCGUCAUGUUCAUCAACUCCACCGCCAGCAUUUGAUGACAUAAGUGAACCAAGCGAGCACAGUGGCUAUAACAAUCAAUCGAGAAAUUUAAGCAAUGAUUAUAGAAGUUCAAGUGAUAAACGACUAAAUUCACCUCGAAGCACGUCAAGCUAUCGAGAUGAUUCCGUUAGUAUAUCAGACAUUCGAUUAGAAACUCAUUUAGCUAAGGAUUCGACAUCAUCAAAUAAUAGCAAUUAUGGAUCGCGUGGUGCAUUAGCUUGGACGCCUCCAGCUUCGAUGGAAGGCUCGACUCCCACAUGGACCGAAGGAACACCGAGCUUUACAGACUCAAGCUCAAGUGAGAACGGAGAAAUUGAAUUUUCUGGCUCAUCAUCGCCUCUCAAUCAUUCUUCGAUGUCGGAUAAGCACAAGCCAACUGUAGAAAAAGCCCUCAACUCCCUCACGUCGGAAAUGGUGAGAGUUUGUUAUACCGAAUCAAAGAGUAUUCGAAUAUCUUACAAGUCACAAGACUUAUAAGCACAUCUAGAGAAAAAUUUACUAUUUUCGCUUUUUUGAUUUCGGGAAUCGUCUGUAUGUAAGACUUGUGGUUUUUAAUUACAUAUUUAAGAUACAAAAUGCAAUUAUUAUUUUGAAAUUUAUUUGCUAUGAUUUAAGAACUUCAAUUAUCUAUUUAGUUCAAUUUAAAGAAUGAUUGAAGAGAAUCGCGUGAGUGCUUUAUUUUGUAUUUGAAUCUUUCUUGAACAAAUAUCAAUCAUUUAUUUGAAACAGGGAACGUAACUAGAUCCAAUUUUCCAUACAUUUCUUACGUGUCGGUUCCGGUUCUUGUACUGAAAAUUGGAACGGGUUCCAAUCCCUGGUUUGAAAAUCAUUGAAGAAAGUAAAAAAUCUUUAGAAUCUGCUUAUUCAUGAGUUCUACUUAUGAUUCUAAAUUCAAUCAUCACUUCAAUAAAGUCCUAUCGGCUAUUAAGCUGAACAAAAACACAAAAAAAAGGAACUGAAUUUCACUGAGUAACGUUUGAUCUUUUUUUAAUGAUUGUCAUUCGAGUGAAUCGUAAACAAAGUUAUCUAAUUGAUAUGCGACACUUAAAGUGUGAUACUUUCUUUAUUAUUAUUAUUUUCCAUCGAUAUUUAAUGUUCCUUCGACAAAUGAAAUAUUUUAUUAACGUCAUGGACCGAACUUUCGCAAUUUGGUUUUUAUGUUUCUCAUCUUUUGUGAUUAUUAAAUAAAAUACGAUGAAAGAAACAGGCAAUUUUUAUGAAGGAUGAAGGAUCAUUAUAAGACUUCUUUAAAAUGAAUUGGGUUGGAAAACUUUUUUUUAAGUUCUUUUAAAUGAGACUUCUUUCUGUUAGCGGUUUCCUUUCGAAUUUUAUUCCUUCACAUCAAAAGCUGUAAAGCUCUAGUUCUAUAUGAAAAGCUCAAGAGAACAUUUGUUUAAAUAGUCGCAAAGAAACUCUUCAAAAAAAAGGGAUUAGAGAGUUAUUUGUUUACAGAAUUCCUAAGCGAUAACUUUCAUAAGGAACAGAAAUGAGUCGUAAAAAUUCAAAGCUUUCGUGAGCGUAAAAUUAGCAUCAUCUGGAACUGAUCUGACC